AUGGGUCACUUAACUGUCAAUGUAACAAAUAUGAGUGCUGCCAAGGGAAACUUGUCCGUUACUGAUGCGCCAGUAGGAACAACUCCACCUGAAAGUGCACCAUCUGAAACUCUACCCACCGCUCCAAGUGUCGCUCCAAGUGUCGCUCCAAGUGCCGCUCUAAGUGGUGCCCCUUCAGGUAGCUCCGCACCGACUGGUCCUGCACCGGCAGUUUCUGCUACUGGUACAGCUCCCUCUCCUCUAGCUACUGAAAGCGGCAAAAGUUCCACUACCAAACCCCCAGCUGCGACAACAAGUGCAAGUGCGAGUGCUGCUUCAAGUGUUCAAAUUAGCAAUUUUGAAUUAAUUAGUGGUUAUUUAGUCGCACUAUUCAUUGGUGGUUUAUUAUUCUAA